AUGGUCGUCGACGGUGUGAUUGGUACUGGUUUGGUAGUUGUUAGAAUUGUAGCAUUGGGAACGGACUGGGAUCUGGUUCGAGGGGGGGAAGGUCUGGAUCCACGUCUCGACUUGGAUGGAGACCGAGGGGUGGUUUGCUGGUCCAAAAACGCACAGAAGGAAGAAAGGUUGGCGGAUCCUGGAUCACGUGGUGAAGAUUCAGAUGGCGUGGAAGGGGAAGACGAGUCUGAAAGUGAAAAGAGAAGGGGUGAGAAGAGAGCGUUUACCUAUGUCUGCUGGACUAGGACUAAACCGUGUAGUAGUGUAUAA